UGACAGCCUCCCCCAUUGAGAAAAGAUGCUGCCUCCCAUGGCCACUGUUGCUUGGCUGGUGCUCUCCUGCCUACUGCUUCAACCCCAGGUGAAAGGUGAAGAACUGCAGAACGAAGAGCUGUCUCCAAGAACCAGAUGCCCCAAAGGCUCCAAGGCCUAUGGAAACCACUGUUAUGCCUAUUUUAAGAUUGCAAAAUCCUUUAUGGAAGCGGAUUCGGAAUGCCAGAAACGUCGCAAUGGACACCUUGUAUCUGUUCUCACUGAGUCUGAGGGCUACUUCGUGGCCACCCUCAUCAAAAAUGGUGGGAAUGUAUCUUCUUUUGUCUGGAUUGGACUCCAUGACAACACUGAGAGUCAACCCAAUGCAGGUGGAUGGGAGUGGAUUAAUGGUGAUGUGGUGAACUAUGUGGCCUGGGAGAAAGGAACCCCUACCAAUUCCGGGUACUGUGGGGCCGUUCUUAGCCACACAGGCUAUGAAAAAUGGCAAAAUUUUAGCUGUAAAACUUCACUGCCCUACGUCUGCAAGUUUGAGAGCUAAAUCAGGUCAGAUAUCUAAAGGAUGAAUCAACAUGCAGUUCCUUGAAGAUAUUCUUCCAGUCUAAAAAUGAAUCCUGGAAGCAAAUCUUC